AUGCAUACUGAUCCUUUAGCUGAAUUCUAUUUCCAACCGGAACCCCACACCAUUUGCGGCCAAGAAGUUAAACCUAUUACCGAUGAAUUUAUAGAAAAUUUUCCUUCUGUUGUUGAUCGUUUCUUUACACGUUACUAUUACAUUAAGAAAGGUGCCGAUCAGGCUCCCUACAAAGUUCUAUUCCACUCCAAUCGCAUUUGUUUAAUAUGCCUGGCACCCGAACAUCCCGCCCUGCAAAGCGGCAUUGCCAGUAUUAACUUCGAUAUUGGACAAAUGGAUCGUAGUAAAAACACCGUUAAGGGUAAGGGUAAAAAAGGUGGUAUGGUUUUACAAGCAGAUUCCACACUCGCUCUAUUAGCAUCCAAAACUGGUGAGGUAUAUAAAGUUCCCAGUUGUGUGCGUAGUAAAUUGGUUGAGGUAAACACUGAAGUAUCGAAACAUCCAGAAUUAUUGGCAAGCUUACCCGAGGGAGAAGGAUAUUUUGCUAUUGUUUUACCCAAACCGGAACAUUGUGAAGAAAUCAAAGCUAGUCUUAUGACCCAGGAACAAUAUAAUGAAUAUCAAGAGACAUUGAGACAAGCUAAUAAGGAAGCGAAAUGACAAUUGUAACUACAUGCAGUGUGUUUGUUUUAGCUAUGACUCUUUUAAAAUUAAUACAUUUACUAUGUUCGUAAAAUAGUUUUGUUAAGAAUGUAAUAAAUAUAAAUUUCAGUGAUUUUUAUAAAUGAAUUGUUUGGCAAA